AUGUCUUAUUAUGAAGCAUAUUUUUAAGUAAAUGCCUAUUUUAGCAUUACUGGAGAUUUAGAUAAAUAUUCUUUUGAAGGCUCCACACCUAAAUAUAAUAUGAUAACAAAUUAUGACAGUAUUAUCAGUACAAUCAAUAGUAUUAUCUAUUAAACAGGAGUAGUUUUAGAAAGAUAAGAUCCUUUGGAGUUUGACUUUGAAGUUAAGUUUGUUAUUACUGACUUGUCAACAGACUCUUAUAUUUAACUUUAUUUGCCUACUGUAUUGACAAAAAAAGGCACUUUUGAUUCCACAAACUAUUAAUCAGAAAAUGCUUCAAAUCCAAAUUAUGGUUUUCCUUCAUUUAUAAAUAUAAUCACUUCAGAUAAUUUUGGAAAAAAAGGUAUUAUUUCAAAUGCUUAAACAAAUAUUGUGAGAUUUUUGUCUAUUUACUCUUAUCAUGGAUUCUAAAAUAUAAUGAAUUUGCCUACUAAUAAUAUAGAUGAUUUCUAUUGCGGGUCAUCUUUGAAAAAAACUCGUUGCUAUUAUGCCGGAUAAGACGAUACUGUUGAUCCUAAAAGCUAAAUUUAUUUUAAUUAAUGGGCCAAAAUAGUAUUUGAGUUACCAAUAGAAGCAGAUUUAAUAGACAAUUUCCAAUUGAUUAUUCCAGAAAUAUUUAUACAAGGAUCUGAGUAUGAGUAUAAAUAUAGAAUCGAAGUCGGUUUUUACGAUAAAUAAUCAAGAAUUUUUACCGUCUAAUACACCUAAGAUACUUCAACUUUUGAAGCUAAAACGAUGAUUAAAUCUAAAAUUACAGGAGAUACUGUUACUAACAAUAAAUGUGAUGCUACUGAUAUCUAAAUUGUGGGAUAAGCAGGGGCCACAGCUCCUUAAAUUACUUUAAAUAUUGCUGUAUCAGAUACAUUUAAUAAUAAAGAUCCUAUAGUCAGUGCUUCUAUUUAUGGUUAAGCUUCUUUAAUAAUAAUUACUGAUUGGGAAUUCUGGCUUGAAAAUUAAUCUGAAUAUGCUUAUAUUAAUACAGCUGACCCUAAAAUAUUAGAUGAAAAUUUAUUGCCAGCUUCUUUAAGAUAUUUAGAUAGAAAAGGUUAGACUAGGUUUGCAGUUGUUUCAAUUAUUAAAUAUAAUCCAGGUAUUAUUGGAAGAUAUAGAACAAUUUAUUUCAGGUGA